GGGUCCUGGCAAGGGGCGGCACGGGGAUCUUGAAGGGAAUGAGGGCUGUGGGGGUUCACAGGGAGGAGAGCAGGUCCGGGUUCCGGGACGAAAGACCUCACGUUGUAGCCACCAUGACCACCCUCCAAGCCGCCAAGGAAACCUUCCCCCGGGGUGUGUCUCCCACCCCUAGCAAGAUUCCCGUGCGCUCUCAGCGACGCCCACCUUUCCCUACGGUCAGAUCGUGCGCCCUGGACCAAGAGAACCAAGAUCCAAGGGGAUUGGUGCAGAAGCCUCCGCUCGGUAUUCAAGGUCCCCUUGUUGGUGCGGCAGGCUCCAAGUUGAAGGGCACGCAGCCGACAGAGAGAUCACAAGGAUCAGAGGGAGUCUCUCCCGUCCGGAUCACCUUGGAGGAGCUCAGACCUAACUCUGGGAGAGAAAACGUGGGGUCUGGGCCCCCUCCCCGGACAGAGGCUCCGGGAGCCAUAGAGUUUGUGGCUGACCCCGUAGCCCUAGCCACCAUCCUAUCAGGUGAGGGAGUGAAGAGUUAUUGUCUGGGGCGCCAGUCCAGUCUGGCUCAGAGAGUACUGAUUCGAGGGAGCCAGGGAAUCGCCACCCGGAGGGGCCAGGGUGCUCGGGCCUCUGCAUAUUUGGCUCCCAGAACCCCCAUCCAGCAACUAGACCCCGCCAGGGCUUCCUGUUUCUCAAGGUUGGAGGGUCCAGGACCCCGAGGCCGGAGUGAGCAUCCCCAGAGGCUAGAGGCUACGAUUCCACCUGCAGGAACCUCCUUGCACUCCUCUGCCCGCCCCCGUUUCCAGGAGCUAAGAAGAGGGACAGGUGGCAGCAGCCGGACUACAGUGAGCCAGGCCUCGGGAUUGCUCCUGGAGACCCCAGUCCAGCCUGCUUCCUCUCUCCUUGAGGGAGAGCAGGAGGUUGUCUCUCACACAGAUGAAGGAGGAGGGGGCCCUCUUGGUCUGGCUCAGCGAAUACCACUAAGAGAAAUCCGAGAGAUCACACACACCAAGGACGGCCAACACUCACACCUGGUACCCUCCCCUGCCCCUGUGACCCUGCCCAUGCCCGGCCGUGUGGCGCCACCUCCUGUCGCCCGGCCAUCACCUUUUGGACGAGCUCAGCGUGUCCCCUCCCCUGGUGCCUCGGUGGCAGCGACAUCAUAUUCAGUGUUGCGGCAUUUCAACAUGCGACCCAAAAUGCGAUUCACACCCAUCCCAUCAGCCCCCCGAGUCCAGCAGGCCCGAUGGCUGCGUGGCCUCUCCCCUCAGUCCUGCCAGGAGGAGCCCGCCCUCUCCUGGGGACAGAUUGCGGUGCGGCUGUUUGACCAGGAGACUUCCGGUGAGCUGCAAGAGGGGCCUGGGGACCCACUGGCAGCUCCCCCUGCUGUGCACUCCAGUGGAGCCCCCAGGCUCCAGGAGCUGAAGAUGCAGCGCAUCAGUGUCCUGCAGCAGCUGUUAAGGCAAGAGGUGGAGGGGCUGGCAGGGGACAAGUGUGUCCCCCUCCAUGGGGCCCCGUCGCUGGAUAUGACUGAGCUGCAGCCUGUGCUGGCGGAGAUUUCUAGAACUGUGGAUGUCCUGGAGCCCGAUUCUGGGACUUCCUGCUUUCAUUCUGAGCUGCCGCAGCCCUGCCUUCCACAGGGGGCCCAGGAGGCACGGCCCUGUCCUGCAACAGAGCCAGCAACCCCAGAGUCCUGUAGGGGUGAGGUGCCAGAGCUGUCUCCCCAGGAUCAGCCCGGCGCACCAGAGCCCUGCCCUUCUGCAGAGCCCCGCCCCCAGGGCCAGGCCAGAGCCCCUGAGGCCUGCCCUAGGGUGGAGCAGGCGCCAUCAGAGGCCUGCUCCUUGCCACCCAGCCCACAGCCCUCCUGCAGCCAGGGGGCUCCAGCGACCACCAGCCUGACCUUCUCUUCCCAGCGGCCACUGUGUGCCAGCCCCCCUAUCCACUCCCUCCAGUCUCCGAGGCCCCCUGCGGGCCAGGCAGGCCCCAGCAGGCUGGCCCCGCGGGCCCUGGCCCUGAGACAGCGCCUCAAAGCCUGUCUAAGCGCCAUCCACUGCUUCCACGAGGCCCGGCUGGACGACGAGUGCGCCUUCUACACCAGCCGAGCCCCUCCCGCAGGCCCCAGCCGGGUGUGCACCAACCCUGUGGCCACACUACUCGAAUGGCAGGACGCCCUGAGUUUCAUCCCGGUUGGUUCUGCUGCCCUGCAGGACUCUCCACCCUGAGUCACCCGCCUCCACCUGCGUGCUCCUCGCCUUUUUAACCCCUAUUUAUUUGCCCAUGUGCUCACGGGAUUGGAAGCCAAAACCCUUUUGUCCUUUAAUAAAGUUUCUGAA